CCAUGUAGUAGUGGGCGGCACAGCAAUAUACUAUUUCCGCCGGAACCCAGAGUGAGCGCUUCCUGUCCUACUACGGUUCUAUUGCGGUGUGUGCAGGAUUCAAUAAUGUCUCACACAAUCUUGCUUGUCCAGCCUACAAAGAGACCUGAAGGAAGAACAUAUGCAGACUACGAAUCUGUCAACGAGUGUAUGGAAGGAGUGUGUAAGAUGUAUGAAGAACACUUAAAAAGAAUGAAUCCCAACAGCCCAUCGAUCACAUAUGAUAUCAGUCAGCUGUUUGACUUCAUUGAUGACCUAGCAGAUCUUAGCUGUCUGGUGUAUCGCGCAGACACCCAGACGUAUCAGCCCUACAACAAAGAUUGGAUUAAAGAGAAGAUUUAUGUACUGCUCCGUCGGCAGGCUCAGCAAGCUGGAAAAUAAGAACGCUGUGGGUGAUGCGCAUAUGUACAGCGAGCGGUAGACUGAGGGGUUUUUUUUUUUUCUGUAAUAUAGUGGUUUUGUGUUUUGUUAAUGCCAUAGCGGCAGUGUUUUAGAUCAAUACAGGAAAUAUAUGUUGAAAGGUUUGUUUUUUUUCAGCUGACAUGCAAACACGAAGUAUGGUCUGUGCAACGGAUUACUUGUACCCUCUCAUUACAAAGUCCAGCUGUGCCUCUAAAGAAUAGCUGGAUUAUGCAAUGAUUCUCAAUUCCCAUUUUCUAUUUUUAUUUUGAUAUUUUUUUUUUUGUCUGGAUUAACUAUGCGGCAAAUAUUAAAUUUUAGGUGAAAUUAAUAAAAUAAAAAAUACUUGGUAGAUAA